AACGGAAUCAGUGGCAGUGGCACUGUGGCACUUGGCAGCCAUUCUCGAUAAUGUAACACACAAAGGUACCAGUACUCAGCAGUCAGUACAAGGUGGUCGAGCCGAGUCCAAACGACGACACCGGUCCGCAACUCGUACCUCCAGCUGCUAUGGACAGAUCGUCGUCCGAAACUAACAACGGGAACCGACAGACCUGACGAUUUCGGUCCAUUAUGUUUUCACCAUGUUUCUCAUUCGAACUCUAAACAUCUCCUGUCACUGGCUGUCGUUCAUUUUUCGAUUCUUUGCCCUCCAGUCACUCCUCCUUCUCACCUACCAAGGAGGAGUCGUCCUAGUCAGUUCCGGCCUCAACGAUAUUUCUGACGACUACUAUAAAAACUCACCCGCCAGCGGACUCUGUUCAAACAAUUCUCUUUCAUGUUCGCACCAGAUUGGCCAAAAUUUAAGUGACGAUGCCUGCCAAAUGAUCUUCCGUCACAAAAACUCCACAGUUUGUGAAAGCUCAAGCAUUCUGAAAGGAAGCUUGGACUUAACUGAGGAAUUUGGAAAAAUGAGCCUUACUACUUAUCGUUACCACGACAGAGCCUCUUUUCCAUGUACAGCCCUCAAUGUAUCAUUUUCAGAUGUUAAAUGGACCAAGAUAUAUAUGCGGUUUAUUCAGAACCAAUUCAAAGUCCCUGCUCUUUGUCGAGAAUUUCGUAUACAGCCUGAGCUGGCAGCGUUUCCAGUAUUUUUCGAUUGCCGUUGGGCAAGGUAUUACAACCACUCGGCCAUCUACCACUUCGACUAUCAAGCUUACCUUCCGUCUGGAGAUGUCUAUGUCUAUAAAUAUAUAUUCUUUGUUCCAAAUAACCACAACAUUGCUCCUGAAAAAGCAAAUGUAAAGGAAUGGGACAUUUUCAUGGUUGUUGACAUGUCUGGUACCCCCAACCGACUUGUCCUGCGGAUCCAGGUGCCUCCCAAGUCUCUUGGCAUUACAGGCUUCAAAGUGGAGGUGAUGAGGACGCUCGAGCAGAACACGUGGGUCGUCCAGAACGGCUCGCUCAUGCCCAAGGGGAACGAGACCGAGAUUAGAUAUGUCUUCGACACGAAACUCAAAUUUGGAAAAUACAAGUUCCACGUGACUCCGAUUCAUGCCAACUGCACUUCGAAGAGCAGAUGCAAGGUGUCGAGCACUCCUGAAAUUCUCAUAGUAGAAAUGACAGAGCCUAAACUUCUGACUGGCAUCGUUGUUACAGUAAUCCUCAUCCCAAUCUUCCUCAUGGCGUAUUUCAUUUGGAAGAGACAGUGCGAUGUUAAAGAGCCACCGAGUGAACCCCAUCCGCCUAAGUUUCUUAUGUUGUACAAGCCUGUGUCUGUUGAGCACAUUAAGAUAAUGAUGGAGCUAUAUAAAUACUUCACAAAAGUCUGUCAUGUCGAUGCGAUGCUAGACCAAUUUGGUAUACCAGAAUCUGAAUCAAAGGAUCCGACUCAAUGGUAUUCAGAAGCAUUCAACGCAGCAGAUUUUGUCGGGAUAUUCGCUUCUCCUGAAACGACACCCGACAAAAAGGAGGAAGUCUACCGGUUCAACCGGUACCUCAACACGGAGUAUAUCGCUCAAAACCAGUUGAGCAAAGUUUUGUGUCAGCCUGGAGCAAGGUGCAAGUUUUUUGCCAUUCUUCUGCCCAAUAGCAAGUGGGAAACAUUGCCACCCCAGGCCCAAGCGCUAAAACGAAAUAUGCACAAAUCAUGGAUGAAUUUCCGUACGGCUUUGUGCUCAAACUUGUCAUGUAGAGAUUUUUUCAAGAGGUGGAUAAAUGUGCCAGAGGAGUACGACUGGUACACGUUGCCAAGGGACCUCGACCCUCUCUUAGUGUUGAUAGGGGUGACUCCGCAAUGCGAUAGCGGCGAUGGCUUCUUGUCCGCCAUAGCCAAAGCGACAGCACCGCCGUCUCCUAACUCCUGCCUGAAUCACCCGCCCCCGCCUCCACAGCCUCCUCCCACGACGAGUGAAGAAAUCGUUCCUGAAGAGGAGCAUUCACUCUGCUGUAAUACACAGUCCUGUUCGGACCUGGACCUCGUCUCAUCACGGCAGUACCUGUCCGACAUGAGCACCGCGUCAAGUAUCGAUCACCUGAGCCUGUUAGGUGAGUCCAACUAGCAUAUACUGAAUACCAGGAAUUUACUUUUAUAUGAUUACCACUGUAAAAAUAGCGUCAGGAGAAAAAAACGGGUUUCGUUUGAUUUGGAUACUUAAUGUAUUUCUUUGUUUCAUUAAACAAGUUUCUUGUAAACUAUUUAAAUUUUU